AGGUGGGAGAGGCAGAGACAGCAGCUGAAUGUGAUGCAGGGAGAGGAGGCUGCAGAGACACUCGCAACUGCCGUCUGAUCUUCCAGGAAGCAACACAAGAUAAGACAUUGAGCUUCUGAUCUUCUGGGGAGGCUGAUAAGAGAUCAUUAACUCCUGCUUGAUAAGCCAUCGUAUUUCAGUCCCAGAAUCCCCCCCAUCCGGAAAAGCAAAGCCAUGAAUUUCCUACGCAGACGCCUUUCAGACAGUAGCUUUGUGGCCAACCUACCCAAUGGGUAUAUGAUGGACCUUCAGAGGCCAGAUAACUCCACAAGCUCCCCAGUCUCACCAGCCAUGGAUAGGAAGCAACAGCCUCCACCUCCCCCAGCUUCUGCCUCCACAGGGGGAACCAGCCUCUUCAGCUCCAUCACCAACGCAGUGAAGCAGACCACACAAGCAGCUGCGGGGCUAGUGGAACCAACUGGGGCACCAGCAGCACCACCAGUAGUGUUGAAGCCCAAGGUUCUCCUGGUUAUCGAUGAUCCUCAUACAGACUGGGCCAAGUACUUUAGAGAGAAGAAGGUGAACAAGGACUACGAGAUUCGGGUGGAGCAGGCGGAAUUCUCCGAACUGAACCUGGCUGCCUACGUGAAUGGGGGGUGCAUGGUGGAUAUGCAGGUCAUGAGAAAUGGAACCAAAGUGGUCAAGUCCUUCAAACCAGACUUCCUGUUGAUCCGACAGCAUGCCUACAGUAUGACGCUUGGGGAAGAUUUUCGGAGUCUGGUGAUAGGGCUGCAGUAUGGGAACAUUCCCAGUGUCAACUCUCUGUAUUCCAUAUACAACUUCUGCAGCAAGCCCUGGGUGUUUUCACAGCUCAUAAAGAUCUUUCAGAGGCUGGGUGCUGACAAGUUUCCCUUGGUGGAUCAGUCCUUUUUCCCUAACCACAAGCAGAUGCUGACGGCCGAAAGUUUCCCGGUGGUGGUGAAAAUGGGCCAUGCUCAUGCAGGGAUGGGGAAGGUGAAAGUGGACAACCAAUAUGAUUUUCAGGACAUGGCUAGUGUGGUGGCCAUGGCCAAGACCUACGUGACCACCGAGCCCUUCAUAGACUCCAAGUACGACAUCCGGAUCCAGAAAAUCGGGAACAAUUACAAAGCCUACAUGAGAACAUCUAUUUCUGGCAACUGGAAAGCAAACACUGGCUCUGCAAUGCUGGAACAGAUCGCCAUGACAGACAGGUACCGUCUCUGGGUCGAUUCCUGCUCAGAAAUGUUUGGGGGGCUGGAUAUCUGCGCAGUAAAGGCCGUUCACAGUAAGGACGGGAAGGAUUAUAUCAUUGAGGUGAUGGACAGUUCCAUGCCACUCAUAGGGGAGCACGUGGAAGAAGAUCGCCAUCUAGUGGCCGAUUUGGUUAUUGCUAAAAUGACCCAACAGGUUCAGACGUCGUCAGCAUCUCCGGGCCGACCCCUGGCAAUGCCCCAACAGAUCCAGCCUCAAGCUGUAAAACAACAGAUGCAGCCUCAGCCCGGACCCCCAGGUGCAGCUCAACCUCGACCUGCCCCUCAAGGUGGCCCUCGCCAGGGACAAGUCUCUCCUGCACAGAGGACAGGACCUCCAUCACAACCAAGGCUUUCUCCUCAAGGCCAACAGCCUCACACUUCACAGGCCGGCUCCCCACAGACACAACGGUCUCCUAAUUCCCCACAGCUCCCCAGAACUGCAAGUGGAACUCCACCAUCCCAAACCCCCAAGUCUGUUUCCCCUCAGCCAUCAAGACCCCCUGCCCAGGGACAGGCACAGAACCCACCGGGACCCGGGCCAACUGCAAAACCCCAACCCAUACUCAACAAAUCCCAGUCACUGACCAACAAUUUCAAUAUCUCGGAUCCUUCCGCACGCACCAGCGGCCACGAAGACGAGGCGAAAGCGGAGACCAUCCGCAAUUUGAGAAAAUCGUUUGCCAGUCUCUUCUCUGACUGAUCCCGGGCUCUGCUGUCUUCCUAUCCAAUCCACACCCUCGCAUAAGUCAGAAUCUUCCAGGCCUCCCUUCCAGGCUCCACUCUUCGUUAAUGCUGAAGGUCCUUUGAGUAUUUGAUUUGCACUGUAGGAGCCACCCAUGGUCUUCUGGGCCUGUUUCACCCUAACCAGACUAACUGCUCACCAGAGCCAAUAACAUUUCAUAUCCCUGUAUCCAGUUAUCCAGUGACUCCCUUUUUGUGCAAGACGAGGCAAUCAUCAUUGGAAUGCUAGGCCAUGAAGCCAUUGUACCUGAAUACGCACGCUGACCAUUGUUCUUCAACCUAGAAAGACCUUAUAGUUGGUUUAUUCCACCCAAUCCAGCAAGAACUUCUUGUAUGACCAUGGUGCCAUCUGGUCAACACAAUACUGUACCAGGAUCUCAUUAUUAUAAACCAAGUUGCUACUCCUUGUUGCCUCAAAAGUAAAGCCAUUUAGUGCAUUUGCUGCAAGCGCGUGGAGUGCCAAGAAAUCUUCCAGGAAUGCAGAGGAACUCCAGCUCAUUCCACAUAGGAUUCUUUCCUUUUCCA